CCGUGUACCGUCGCUCCCAUCUCGGAGGGAGGAGAUGUGGCUGUGGAUGUAGAGGUGGGUGCCAAGUAACCGAACCGGACCAGAGCCCUGGACAAGCGGCUGUUACUUCACUGCCAACCGAUACUGAAGCGGGAGGGCCUCGGCGCUCCUUUUCUCCCGUCCUUGGUGGACCAUGACACGGGUUCCUCCGUGGUAUUCCUGAAGAACCUAGGCCGGGGGUUCGAGGUCUUUCCCGAGGUCUUUCCCGAGGUCUCCCCGAGAUCUGCCCCCUCCCCCUCCUCCUCCCAACCUUCCCCCUCACCCUUCCUGGACUAUCUUACCCUUUCCUCUCCCACCUGACCAAACCCUCGACCAGCCUCAAGAUGAUGUGUGAGGUAAUGCCCACCAUCUCAGAGGACGGGCGAGGCGGCGGCUCCUCCUCUCCGGCGGGACCCGGCGGCAGCCACGGCGGAGGUAUCGGAGGUGGGGUGGGAGGCUACAGUAGCCGGGACCCCCGCAGCAGUGGUGGGGGUGCAGACGAAGGGGGCAGCACGGGUAACUUGGAGUCGCUGAUGGUCAACAUGUUGACUGAGCGAGAGAGGCUGCUUGAGAGUUUGAGGGAGACUCAAGACAGCCUGGGAACGGCCCACCUGCGACUGCGAGAGCUGGGACACGAGAAGGAGUCGCUACAGAGGCAGCUGUCCAUUGCACUGCCGCAGGAGUUUGCGGUGCUGACCAAAGAGCUGAACCUGUGCCGGGAGCAGCUGCUGGAACGAGAGGAGGAGAUCGCAGAGCUCAAGGCAGAGCGCAACAACACACGACUGCUGCUGGAGCACCUGGAAUGUUUGGUGUCGCGUCAUGAGCGUAGCCUGAGGAUGACGGUGGUGAAGCGUCAGGCACAGUCUCCCGCGGGGGUCUCCAGCGAGGUGGAGGUCCUUAAGGCCCUCAAGUCCCUGUUCGAGCACCACAAGGCGCUGGACGAGAAAGUCCGUGAGCGGCUGCGCGUGGCCCUGGAACGAGUGGGGGCACUGGAGGAAGAGCUGCAGUCGUCCUCGCAGGAAGUGGUCUCUCUACGCGACCAAAUCAAACGGCGGCAGCAGGGACUCGACAAAGAGCGGCUUCCCAACGGGCCGUCGUCCAUAUUAGAUGACGGCGAAGUGGACCGGCAGCGCGAAGGCGAGAUUGAACGACAGCGAUCUGAGUUGGGACAGCUCAAGGAGAGGUUGGCGCUCAUGUGCAGACAGGUUGGUGAGAUCGAGGAGCAACUGACGUCAGCCAGGAGAGAACUGACACGAUCCGAGGAAGCCAAUCACAAACUACAACGAGAUGUCAAGGAGGCUCUAUGUCAGAGAGAAGACAUGGAGGAAAGAAUCACCACACUGGAGCGGAGGUACCUGAGCGCCCAGCGUGAGGCGACGUCUCUCCAUGACAUCAAAGACAAACUGGAGAAUGAGCUGGCUAGUAAAGAGUCUCUUCACAGACAGAGUGAGGAGAAGAACCGUCAGCUUCAGGAGCGCCUGGACGACGCCAAGCAGAAGCUGCAGCAAACGCUGCAGAGGGCUGAAACUUUGCCCGAGAUUGAAGCACAGCUGGCGCAGAGGGUGGCCGCCCUCAACAAGGCUGAAGAGCGCCACGGCAACUUUGAGGAGCGACUCCGCCAGAUGGAGGCGCAACUCGAGGAGAAGAACCAGGAGCUCCAGAGGGCCAGGCAGCGUGAGAGGAUGAACGAUGAACACAACAAGCGUCUCUCGGAUACCGUGGACAAGCUGCUUUCAGAGUCCAACGAGAGGCUACAGCUCCACCUCAAGGAGAGGAUGGCUGCCCUGGAGGAGAAGAAUGCUCUCUCUGAGGAGCUAUCGAACAUGAAGAAGAUUCAGGAUGACCUUCUAGCAAACAAGGACCAGCUCAUUGCUGAGCUGGAGCGCCUUCAGCUUGAACUGGAUCAACUGAGAGCCAGGCCUGGAGGCUCUUAUUCCAGUCGAUCUCUACCCGGCAGUGCUCUGGAGCUGAGGUACUCCCACGGGGGCGGCUCUCUCCCAGUGGGCUCUACUACUCAUCUGGACACAUUCGGGAAUGCCUCCCUGGGUGGCAGGCGAAGCCACCGGUCACGAUGGAGCUCGGCCAGAGAGGAUUCCACCAAGUAUACAGACUGGGAGACGGGGGCACUGCUGGGGUCCAGCUACGACCAUGGUGUGGACGUGGGGUGCUCGGACGACGAGGAUGACGGAGACCAUCGCUUCGGGUCUGAGCUGCUGUCUCCCAGCGGACAGACGGAUGUACAGACUCUAGCCAUCAUGCUGCAGGAACAGCUGGAAGCCAUCAAUAAGGAGAUUAAGUUGAUCCAGGAGGAGAAGGAGAACACAGAGCUGCGUGCAGAGGAAAUUGAGAGCCGUGUGAGCAGCGUGGCCCUGGACAGCCCGCCCAUCCCGCCCUCCUCGCUGGGAAGAGAUGGUGGCGGGCGAGGCUUCAUCCCAUCCUCCAUUACCUCCUCCACCCUGGCCUCCCCGUCACCUCCCAGCUCGGGGCACUCCACCCCUCGCUUGCCUCACUCGCCUGCCCGUGAAAAUGACAGACUGACCAGCAAAGACGACGAGCGCUCCCUAGCCCUACUAGAUUCCACGCCACCACCCACACCACGAGCCCUGCGCCUGGACAGGAUGACACUCACUCACCCUGGGGCCCUGCUGGAUGAUCCCCGCGAGUUCCGCAGCCUGUCAGCAGACGGCAGCAGCUCCAACAGCAGCCAGGACUCCCUGCACAAGUCCAGCAAGAAGAAGAGCAUCAAGUCCUCCAUUGGACGACUCUUUGGGAAGAAGGAGAAAGGCAGGAUGGGACAGCCUGGACGGGAUGGCUCAGCCUCGCUUGCGUCAACACCCUCUGAAGAUCUGGCCUCUGGAGACCCCAUGGGCAUGAACAAGACUGGGACUUUGGGUCCAGCAGACAAAGACAGGCGCAGCAAGAAGAAGCAUGAGCUGUUAGAAGAAGCAUGUCGCCAAGGAUUGCCCUUUGCAUCCUGGGAUGGUCCUACUGUGGUGUCAUGGCUGGAGUUGUGGGUGGGCAUGCCCGCCUGGUAUGUGGCGGCCUGCCGGGCCAACGUAAAGAGCGGUGCAAUCAUGGCCAACUUAUCGGAUACGGAGAUCCAGCGUGAGAUCGGCAUCAGUAACCCUCUGCACCGCCUGAAACUAAGGCUCGCCAUCCAGGAGAUGGUGUCGCUCACCAGCCCCUCGGCCCCAGCCAGCACUCGCUCGUCAACCAGCAAUGUUUGGAUGACCCAUGCCGAGAUGGAGUCCUUGAAUGCUGCAAUCAAACCGCCGGAGCUGAAGGAGUUCAGCUGGGAUCAGAUUCUGGCGUACGGCGACAUGAAUCAUGAGUGGGUGGGCAACGACUGGCUGCCCAGCCUGGGCCUGCCGCAGUACCGCAGCUACUUCAUGGAGUCGCUGGUGGAUGCCCGCAUGCUAGACCACCUCACCAAGAAAGAGCUGAGGGGACAGCUCAAGAUGGUGGACAGCUUCCACAGGGUGAGUUUGCAUUACGGCAUCAUGUGCCUCAAGCGCCUCAACUAUGACCGCAAGGAGCUGGAGAGGCGGCGGGAAGAGAGUGCACACCACAACAAAGACGUGAUGGUGUGGUCCAAUGAACGCGUGAUGUGCUGGCUGCAGACGGUGGGACUGAAGGAGUACGCCGACAACCUUCGCGAGAGUGGCGUCCACGGUGCCCUGCUGGCUCUCGACGACACCUUCGAUUACACCGACCUGGCGCUGCUGCUUCAGAUACCGAAUCAGAAUACGCAGGCUCGCCAGCUCCUUGAGCAGGAGUACAACUCGCUCAUCACCGUGGGAACCGAGAGGCGGCCCGAGGAGGACGGCACCAAGACGUUCACCCGCUCUCCAUCGUGGCGCAAAAUGUUCCGCGAGAAGGACCUGCGGGGCGUUACGUCGGACUCGGCCGAGACCCUGCCUGCUAACUUCCGUGCCUCCGCCAUUGCCACAUCCUCCGUCACCCUCAGGAAAGUCCAGAGUGACGCCAGCUCCGGUGCCCGGGGUGAAUCCGCCUCCGUGAGGACGUACUCGUGUUGAGGGAGCAGCUGAGGGGUCACUGAUUACACUGGCACCCUCCGACUCACUGAAGAAUGACUCUAAAUAAGAAGAAAGAUCCCCCCCUUACACACACAUACACACAAUACACUCAACCUCUGGUUAGUUGUGCUCCGAACGUUCUGCAAUAACACGAACCGGACGAAGGUGACCUGAUGGUUUGUCUAUGUUUUUCUCAGAGCAGGAAGUCCAAGUUCUCUCUCUCUGUGGCCCCUCUUUGCUUGAAUCUUUGUUACACAAAGUGAAUUACGAUGCCAAUGUUGCCGUCGGGUGAGGGUGUGGGGGAAAGACUGAGUGUCACCAAUUUAUGUGGAAAGUAAAACAUGUGGACCCUUAAGCGGCAGACCACAUCACAGCCACCCCGCUCUAGGUGCUCUUCGUCCUUUUGUCUCGGGCACCUUGAAAGCCGAUCCAGAGUCCUUUGAAGACAUCCCAUAAUGAUACAAUUGAAAGGGUCUGAGCAGGAGGGGGGCCAGUCACACAGGCAUCAGGUUCAACUGUUUCCUGACACUUAUGCAGCGAGCCCAGAAGUACACCCUCUCUCAGGGUUCUGUGUGAAAGGCACUGAAAUCAACUUGACAAUUUCACACUUCCAGGGGAUGUAUCAAAAGGGUAUAGCAAAAAACUGGGGCAUCAGAAGUAGAUUCAAACAUUAAAUUACUUAAGUACCUGUGCUUUUCACACAGUCCAGACAUGACAAAGAAGUUGACCCAUUAAAAUUGUCUUCUUCCCGUGUUCUUCUUCUUUUCCUUCCGGCUAGUCCCAUUAGGGGUCGCCACAGCGUGUCAUCUUUUUCCAUCGUAGCCUAUCUCCUGCAUCUUCCCCUCUUACACCAAUUGCCAUCAUGUCUUCCCUCACAACAUCCAUCAACCUUCUCUUUGGUCUUCCUCUCGCUCUUUUCCCUGGCAGCUCCAUCCUCACCACCCUUCUACCAAUAUACUCACUCUCUCGCCUCUGAACAUGUCCAAACCAUCGAAGUCUGCUCUCUCGAAUCUUGUCUCCAAAACAUCCAACUUUGGCUGCCCCUCGAAUGAGCUCAUUUCUAAACCUAUCCAACCUGCUCACUCCGAGCGAGAACCUCAACAUCUUCAUUUCUGCCACCUCCAGUUCUGCUUCCUGUUGUUUCUUCAGUGCUAAUCCGUACAUCACGGCCUCACCACUGUUUUGUAAACUUUGCCCUUCAUCCUAGCAGAGAUUCUUCUGUCACAUAACAAACCAGACACCUUCCGCCAGCUGUUCCAACCUGCUUGGACCUGUUUCUUCACUUCCUUACCACACUCACCAUGCCUCUGGAUUGUUGACCCCAGGUAUUUCAAGUUUUCCACCCUCGCUAUCUCUUCUCCCUGGAGCCUCACUGUUUCCCCUCCACCCCUCUCAUUCACACACACAUAUUCUGUUUUACUUCAGCCAAUCUUCAUUCCUCUCCUUUCAAGUGCAUGCCUCCAUCUUUCUAAUUGUUUCUCCACCUUCUCCCUGCUUUCACUGCAUAUCACAAUAUCAUCUGCAAACAUCAUGGUCCAAGGGAAUUCCAGUCUAACCUAGUCUGUCAUCCUAUCCAUUACCACUGCAAACAGAAAGGGGCUCAGAGCUAAUCCCUGAUGCAGUCCCACCUCCACCUUAAAUUCUUCUGACACACCAACGGCACACCUCACCAUUGUUCUGCUGCCAUCAUACAUGUCCUGUACUUUUCUAGCAUAUUUCUCUGCCACACCAGACUUACGCAAACAGUACCACAGUUCCUCUUUUGGUACUCUGUCAUAGGCUUUCUCUAGAUCCACAAAGACACAUUGUAGAUCCUUCUGACCUUCUCUAUACUAUGUUGUGUUUAGUUAAAAGCAACCAAAGAGAAUUUGACAAUUUCACACAUGUGGAGGUAGUGUCAGAGGUAAAAGGACUAGCAGAAAGCCACAACGGGUGUGUGAAAACAAACGCAUUUGAAGUUCAAUUUCGCCAUAUGUGUCUUUCAUACAGAACCCAGUGUGGUGGAAUGCAGUUGACAGUGAUCAAAAACAUCUAUUUUUCACCAGUCGACCUCUCAAAGCAAUCUUUUCCCUUGAGCCAGUGUUCUGUCUGAUAAGUACACCAAAUAAUGCUCAGCGUAUUUUACUAUUGAGGUUUCAUAACAUCAAAACUGAUGAAAAAUCUGCUUUGACAAGAAGGAGACCCGUCAAAACUGGGGUUUUCGUGUGUCUGUGUGAAUGCAACUGAAUGCAACCUGACAAUUUCACACCUCUGAAGGUACUAUCAAAAGCAUAACAAAGGGAGGGAAACAGCUACGUAAAAAGGUAUUGCGGGAUGCCAAAAGAGAGGUGUGUUACUGACACAACAGAAGUACAAUCAAAAUUUAGCUACAUCUGCCUUUCACGCAGAACCCAGCUUUGUGGAGUUCACACUUUUGAAAGGAAGGAAGUAGCAGAGUCAAAGUCGGUGUGAAAGGUACCAAAGGUGACCUGAGAAUUUCCCCAUCUUUUGAGGUAUUGGAAGUGAGAUGUGGAUGUGAUUAUGUGAAAGGGAAUAAAGCUGGAAAGGGGGUAUAAAUAUAACACUAGACACUCACUUUUCAGACAAGUACAGUGGGGCAAAAAAGUAUUUUGUCAACUCCCAAUUGUGGAAAUUCUCCCACUUAAAAAUUUGAGAUGCCUGCAAUCUUCAUCUUAUGUAUACCUCACCUCAUGACAAAACGAGAAAGAAGAUCGAGAAAAUCACAUUCUGUUUUUUAAAGAAUUCAUUAGCAAAUCGUGUUUGAAAAUAAGUGCAGCAUUAGGUCACCAACAAACAAGCAAGAUUUUGGGCUGUCACCUGUAACUUCUUUUUAAGAGCCUCCACUGUACUCUGCUCAUUACCUGUAUCAAUGACACCUGAUUAAACUUGUUAUCAGCAUAAAAGACAAUUGCCUCCAACCUCAAAUGGUCACACUCCAAACUCCACUAUGGCCAAGACCAAAGAGCUGUCAGGACCCACCAGAAAUAAAAUUCUCGUCCUGCACCAGGUUACCUGCAGUAUGUUAGCAGCUUGGUGUGAAGAAAUCAAUGGUGGGAGCAAUUAUUAGAAAAUGGAGAACAUACAAGACUACUGAUAAGUUCCUCUCUGGGGUUGCACGCAAGAACUCACCACCUGGGGUCAAAAUGAUCACAAGAGUGGUUAGCAAAAAUCCCAGAACCACACAGGGGGAUUUAGUGAACGAUCUCCAGGGAGCUUAGAAGAAAGUAACAUAGGCUACCAUCAGUAACACACUACUCCGCCAGGGACUCAGAUCUUACUGUCAGACGUGUCCCCCUGUUUAAGCCAGUACACGUCAAGGCUUGUUUGAAGUUCGCUAGAAAGCAUUUAGAUGAUCCAGAAGGGAAUUGAGAGAAUGUCACAUAUGCAGAUGAAGCCAAAAUUGAAAGAAUGCAAAGUUAUAUCCAAAGAACACCAUACCUACAAUGAAGGAUAGGGGUGGAAACAUCAUGCUUUGAGUUGGUUUUCUGCAAAGAGGCCAGGAUGAAAGAGCCGUCUAAAGGAAAGAAUGAAUGGGGUCAUAUGUCAUUGGAUUUUGAGUGAAAACCUCGUUCCAUCAGCAAGGGGAUUGAAGAUGAAAGGUGGCUGGGUCUUUCAGCAUGAUGAUGAUCCCAAACACGCUCCUCUGGCAACGACGGAGAUGCAUGGUAACAAGCAUUUCAAGGUCCUGGAGUGGCCGAGCCUGUCUCCAGAUCUCAACCCCAAAGUAAAUCUUUGGAGAGAGUUGAAAGUCUUCAUCACUGCCCUAGAGAAGAUAUGCAUGGAAGAAUGGGCCAAAAUACCAGCGACAGUGUGUGAAAACUUUGUCAAAACCUACAGAAAACAUUUAACCUCUGUAAUUGCCAACAAUGUGUAUCUCUAUCCAUCUAUCUAUCCAUUUUUGGAGGCACUUAUCGUUACAAGGGUCAGAGGAGUGCUGGAGCCUACCCCACCUAUCUUCGGGAGGCGGAGUAUACCCUGAACUGGUUCCCAGCCAAUCGCAGGGCACAGGGAAACAAACACCCAUGUGCACUCACGUUAGCACCUUGCAGCAAUUUCCAAGUCUCCGAUUAAUGCAUGUUUUUGGGAUGUGGUAGGAAAUCGGAGUGCCCAGAGAAGACCCACCCAGGAAGAACAUGUAUACUCCACCCAGGAUUUGAACCCUGGUCCUAAGGAUUUUUUCUUCAUUUUGUCUCUCAUAUUUGAGGUAUACCUUGGAUGAAAGUGACGGGCGUCACUCAUCUUUUUAAGGAGAAGAACUUGCACAAUUGGUGGCUGAAUACUUUUUUGCCCCACUGUAUUGUAAAUGUCACCAGAUGUGAUUCAAUAAUCUGAUUGCAGUAUGUUGUGUUGCGCUGUAAAAGCAUCCAGUUGUAAAGUUCCUUCAUGGUGGGUUCUGUAUGAAAACCCCAUGAAUUAACUCCUUUCACAAAGGUGUUUCGCAAAAUUUCCACCACAAAACUGUUCAAGUCAGCCCGUCUGUGCCUCACAUACAGAAUUGGAUCAGACAUUGCAUCUGUUGGUUUCUGCCUUCUAAUUUAUACAUGACAAUUGUGAUGACAUCCUUGGAGCUCUACAGUUUGACUUUGGUGGGUUCUGUGUGGAAGGCAAAGGCAGGCAGAUUAACUCGCGUUUAAGGUUUUCAAAGUCAAGUUCCUCGUAGUCACAGCCAUUUUACCAUUUUGACCGAUUUUUCAAGAGCUACAGAAUAUUGGGUUAUGUACUAAAAGAAGCAGCAAACCUACCAAAAGAAAGAGUAGACCCUUCUUCCAACAGUUUGCUUCUAGCUUUUUCCAUUCUUUAGUAAUCAGCAGUAAAAGAUGGGUUGGUUUUAGCAAAAACAACGUGGCAAAAACAGUGACUGAGACUGAUAUUUUUUUUUUAAUGACGCCUCAAACUACAAAACAAAACAAAGAAAAGAGAGAAGAAUCAUUUACAUAUAAAUAUACAACUAAGAAACGUGCCCUGAGCGAUACAUAGUGCAGGGCUCAAGAACAGACGAUGACUUUCUUUCAGUGUCUUCAGCCUUCACUUCAUUUAUCUGUGGCAGUGAACAUUUGGAUUCCAGUUGUCGAAUAUAAACAUCCACAUCAGUGAAAGAGUUGGACAUCUCUGAGGUGACAAUUUGUGGGAUACCUGUGUGAAGGAGGGGCUCUUUAUCACAAGUUCCUGAAGGCCAAGACAAGAACAUACAUCUGGUCAACAAACAUGUUGAAAAACACCUCCUCGUCAACUUGUCUUAAAUGUUCAUCUUACAGAAACAAUUCUAAAGAUCCAAAUUUGCAUAAACAGUUGGGGAAAGGGUCACACCCCAAAAUAUAAAUAAAAGGUAUUUCAGGACUUUUGGGAAAUUGUUGAAAGCCGACUCCUCCGUUGGGAUCUUUGGCAGAAGAUAAUGGUGAAAGAUGAAUGACGGGCGGGCCACAUCAAGACAAAACGGAUUAAAAGAAAAUGGACAGACAGAAAGCACUCAUUUUACACACAUAUACACACACACGCCAUAACAGAAGGGGGGGGGUGAGGAAGAAGCCCAAGAAACAAAACCUUUAGCCUCCUUGUUUACGAUGCAUGACUUAAAAAAGAAAAUGAGAAAAAAAGAGAUAUUUUUAGUUUUUUCCUUUAAUUGUGAUGAUAACGAGGUGUGCUUCAACAUGAAAAGUGACAAAAGAUUUAAGAAAAAAAAACAAAACUACGUUCCAUCUACCGGGGCGGGUGGGUCGGGAGUCUGUGGUGGGGGGUUCAAUUUGUAAAAUGUGUGAGAUUUUUUUCAGUUGUAUUUUUCAUUUUUUACAAUGACUAUUUUUCUUUAAGGUAUGUAUUGGAUAAAUGUAUGUACGUGCAAGUCCUUGUACCCUCUCUCUCUCUCUCUCUCUCUCUCUCUCUCUCUCUCUCUCUCAUUAAGACUCAUUACGUUUGGUCGGCAGUUCAAACAGAAGGCGACCAUUCCACUCACUUGCGCUGCUGUUCCGUGUCCAUUCUGACGACAGGUCGUGCAAUGAUUGCAGAUUUCCAUGAUUAAAGUGACUGUACUACAAAACUAAAGAUAUCCUGUAUGGAAAGUGAACAAAUAUGAUAAAAAAAUUAUGAUGUACAAAAAUUGAAUAAAGCAAUCCAUGUGGAUCUGCACAUCAUAUGAAAAUUGUCAAUUCUUACAUGCUGCAUUGGCCAUCCAUCCAUUUUCUUUGCCGCUUACCCUCACAAGGGUCGCGGGGAGUGCUGGAGCCUAUCCCAGCUGUCAACGGACAGGAGGCGGACUACAUCCUGAACUGGUUGCCACCCAAUCACAGUGCACAUGGAGACAGACAACAGUCGCACUCACAAUC